GAUGCCAACUAAUGAGCCGGGAAAAGUCGAGCCUGAGGAAAGCAAGGAAGAGGAAGAAGUUGAGGAAGUAGUAGUGGAGCCCCCAAAAUCGGCAAUUACAGGGGCUGAGAAGCCAAAAUCUACUUCUAACACUUCUACUCCUAAUAUUCCUUUACCUUUUCCUCAACGUGUUGCAAAGAAAAAAAUUGAUGAACAAUAUGCCAAAUUUCGUGAAAUAUUUACUAAAGUUCAAAUAAAUAUUCCGCUUGUUGAUGCAUUGCAGGAGAUGCCCAAAUAUGCCAAGUUCUUGAAGGACAUGGUAUCUAGGAAGAAGAAGCUCAAAGCGUAUGAGAAAGUGAACUUGAUGGAGGAGUGUAGUGCUAUGAUCCAAAAGAAGAUGCCUUUCAAACGCAAGGAUCCCGGGAGCUUCACAUUAGCAUGCAUUAUAGGAGGAAAGCGGUUCGGGAAGGUGUUGUGCGACUUAGGAGCAAGCAUCAAUCUCAUGCCACUAUCAAUUUUCAAGAGGUUGGAGAUUGGGACGAUUAGGCCCACUACGAUUGCAUUGAAAAUGGCGGAUAGAUCCUUGUCUUAUCCGAAGGGGAUUGUGGAAGACGUAUUGGUGAAAGUCGAGGGGUUUAUCUUCCCGGCUGAUUUUGUGGUCCUUGACAUGGAGGAAGAUAAGGGGGUUCCACUAAUUUUGGGUCGUCCGUUUCUUGCAACCGGGGAAGCGUUGAUUGAUGUGAAGAAUGGCGAGCUUACUCUCCGGGUUGAUGAAGAGAGCAUCACAUUUUCCAUAUAUCAAGCAAUGAAGAAUAAUAAUGAGGAUGUUGAGAUCAAAGAAUGUAAAGUGAUUGAAGUUGUCGAGGCUUCCUUCGACAAUGACAUGAUUACUUCUUCGUCUAGAGACCCUUUUGAUCUAUGUGUUCAAAAAUCAUUAUUUUCUUCUUCUUCAUUUGAUCCUUUUCAAGAAAAAUUAUUUAAAUGUGUUAAUGUGUUGGAUU